UCAGUAUCACCACAAUGGGGCCCAUCUCGCCUCCAUUCUCACUGAGGCAGAAGGGACCAUGGUGGCCAGAUACAUCAGGGAGUCACACUUCAAGGAUAAUGUCUGGAUCGGACUCCACGACCCCCGGAAGUACAGACGCUGGAGGUGGACCGAUGGCUCCCGGUAUUACUACAAAGCUUGGAACACCGGGGAACCAAACAAUGAUCAUGGUGUCGAGUACUGUGUGGAGCUGCUGAGCUACGAGGAUUUUAAGAACUGGAAUGAUAAAGUCUGUCAUACGCAAAACGGCUACGUUUGCAAGUAUCGACCCUAGCGAGGGGAGUCACACGCCUGCGCCUGAAGGGGGAGCUCAGCGCCUGGGAUGUAAAAGAACUGGGCUCCUUGGCUGUGAUCAGACAACGGCCCAGACUUUCCAAUGCCUUUGCUGCAUCGAGGGCCUGUCCCCUCCCUCCCUGAGAGACCAGAUCGCACUUCCCCAGCUGCAAACUCUCUUCCCCCAAGUGUCUCUGUUCUAGUUACAUGCCUGCCCCUUCCCCCUCUUCCCCUCAGUGGCUGCAGCCCACGACAAGAAUAAACUCUCCUGAGCAUGUA